UAGUACUCCUCGGUCCUCAUCUGUUAAUACCGUAAUAAAAGCAUGUACUUCAAUAAUUCAAUACAGAAUCCAAUGUCGGUCUUCUGAAUUCCCAGCUCAAUAAUUUGGAUUCUUGCACACUACCCAAGUUUAGGGAAGUGCAGCCAUUCCGGUUUGCCGAAACAAAACAAAGUAGGAAGAAAGAAAAAAAAAAAUGAGAGUGAACUGGAAGUCAUGGUCUCUGAACAAGCAUCAACACGUGCUUGUAAAGCUUGCUGUUGCUGUUCUCUUAGUGGGUCUUGCUUUUAGGCUCUUCGUUUCUCGUUCUAAAGGAUUUGCAUCUGAUUUAGAAUCCCCUGUGUUGGGGAAAGAGCAAGUUCAAGGGCCAGACUUGAAACCUCCUGUCUCUGUUGAAAUACCUGAAAAUGAAGAUCAGAUACCUCUAGAUAUUGUUGCAGAAAAGUGUGAUCUCUUUACAGGGGAUUGGAUACCCAGUCCCUCAGGCCCAACUUACACCAACAAGAGCUGCCCCUUGAUAGAGGGUCAUCAGAAUUGUAUGAGGAAUGGCCGCCCUGAUCCUGAGUAUCUAUACUGGAAGUGGAAACCGCGUGAUUGUCAGUUACCGCGAUUUAAUGCAGGGAGAUUUCUGGAGUUGAUGAGAAAUAAAGCAUGGGCUUUGAUUGGUGAUUCCAUAUCUCGGAACCAUGUGCAGUCACUGCUGUGCAUGCUCACAACAGUUGAACGACCUGUUGAGGUUUACCAUGACGGGGAAUACAAAUCAAAGAGAUGGCAUUUCCCGUCAUACAAUUUCACAAUAUCAAAUAUUUGGUCUCCUUUUCUUGUAAAGGCUGCAAUUUUUGAAGAUAACAACGGUGUUUCUACAGCUGAAGUUCAGCUGCAUCUGGACAAGCUUGAUAAGACAUGGACAGAUGUCUACCAGAGCUUAGAUUACAUGAUAAUCUCAACUGGAAAAUGGUUUCUCAAGGCUGCGAUCUACCAUGAGAAUGAUACCAUAGUUGGCUGCCAUAUAUGUCCUGAAAAAAACCUGACAGAAUUAGGAUUUGUUUAUGCUUACAACAAAACCCUCCACUAUGUCAUGGACUUCAUUGCAACAUCAAAGCAUAAGGGCUUGAUCUUUUUUAGGACAUCCACGCCAGAUCACUUUGAGAACGGGGAAUGGCAUAAUGGAGGAACUUGUCGGAGGAUAACACCAGCUAAAGAAGGAGAGAUUGAAAUAAAGGACUUGAACAGGAUUCUACGCAAUGUUGAAUUGGAAGAGUUUGAGAAGACAGCAGCAAAAGCUGCUGACAAUGGGGUGAAACUUAAGCUUCUUGACUUCACAAAUCUCUUAUUGUUGAGGCCGGAUGGGCACCCAGGACCAUACCGUCAGUUUCAGCCAUUUGCGGAGAACAAAACAGAGGUUGUUCAGAAUGACUGUCUACAUUGGUGUUUACCAGGACCAAUAGACUUUUGGAACGAUGUGAUUAUGGAAAUGGUGGUUAAUGGUUAGUUAAGAAAUUUCCCUGCGCCAUUCUAGAGGUUGUUUUGUCUCAGGAAUUUUGACAGUGCAAAAGCCUGAGUGAUUCUCCUUCAUAGCUAUUAGAUGAACCCUGGCAUUUUAUCAUCUGAAUGCCAGUGGUUCCUCUGUUUCCCUCCGCUGAGUCACUCAUCGUUCUCUGCCUCAUACAGGGAAUUACUGGAUAGGAAUAGAAUCCAUGAAUAGAUAAAUCAUACUUGUUUGUAAUCCAUGCAUUAAAAAUUGUAACUUCGAUUCUAGAAUUCAUUGAUUGCUGCACAUUGCUGUAUACAUGAUUAGAGUAAUGGUACCUGCGCA